CGCGAAAUAUCGAUUUGUGCAACGUCAGGCGUAUACAAGCGUUCUCUUGGCACACAAACGUGUUUGCAAAUUCAAUACGAGAUGGUCCUCCAUCGCUCUCGCACUCACAUACACGCCUUUUGUUCACUCCUCCCCCACGACGCCUUUCCCCCAACUCUCUAGAGAACUGAAUCCCUCAAACACAAUACACACCAACUAAGCUAGCUUUCUUUCGGCCCAUUCAUUCGUCUUGUCAUUUCGUCCGCAUCUCAGCCUUGUGCUCAAAGUACUCCCAUAUCUAAGAUAGCAGGCAGCCAGGCAGUGAAUCGACAGACAGGUGUUUCUUCUUCAUUCCUGCUCACCUCGUCGGCUGCGAUGCCGCAGUCGCCAAUGAGAUACUGCACCACUUGCCGCUUCAUCAGUGGCCCCACGGGCAGCUCGACACCGGCAUGCUGGGCGAACUCCUUGAGCCGCUUGAGAGAGAACAACGCCUCUAUCUGCUCCACGUCCCUCGCCACGCUGUUUGCAUCACGCCCCUGUGCCGCAUCGUCACUCCCAGAUGGUGCCACUGUCCUAUUUCGCCGCUGCAGCAGGGUGAGCGCCCGCAGGGUGGGGUUGUCAGCGAUGGCCGCGGCUUGACGCGACCGAUAUCUCUCCUCGGCCGCCUGCAGGCGCCGCCACCGCAGCCUCGCAUCCGCGAAGGCAUCCAUCUCAUCCUCUUGCUCCUCCUGCUGCUCCUGCUCGCCUGGCCGACCCACAAACGCGUCGACGUCGUUGAUGCUGCGGUCGCUGAGCCACUCCUCCACUGUCUGCUCGUCUUGUGCGGCCGCCUGGAGUUCGUCGAGCUUGUCCAUCAUGGUGGCCAGGUACUCUUCAGCCUCCUCCUGCCUCUUGCUGGGCUUCCGCGGCCGGCGGGGAAAUGCGGCGAACAGCUCCUCGGGCGCCCUUGACAGCUCCUCGUCCAGAUCAGCAAUGAACUCCUAUACAGUACGUGUGUGCAGCACAUGGGAAGCCAUCACAUCUCAUGCCCAAAACAAAUGUGUCCUGUGCGGGUCGGGUGUGCAUGCCAUGCGCACCUCCAUGACUUUCUUCUUCUUGGGCUGCGGCUCCAGCGCCUGCCAGUCCUCCACAGGCCCUGGGCCGUCCGACUCCGCACUGAGUAGAGCAGAUGAGUGUGGGUCCGGGAGAGACCGCAAAGCGAAGAUCUGACGCAUCCGGACGGCUGCAGGGAUAGGCAUGAAGCACAUGGCACGCUGACAUCUCGAUAGAGACCACAGCAACCCACACACGACGGCUCUUCGGCGAUGGCGCCCAGCAGAGGGCGGAGCAAAAGGAUAACACGGAUGCCGCUGGCCUUCCAUUGAUGCCACAGAGCGCGUGGAGAGCUUCAGAGAGAAGGACUUUUCC